CGGAAGUGAAUAGUGCCCAGGAACAGUUUCGACGUUUAUUAACACCCUGGAACUGAAAAUAUCACACACUUACUCCAGGGUAGUGUUUAAUUCGCGUUGAAGACAGGACUUGGUUGAUAGAUGUUAUCUAGGUAAUGCUAACUAUCUAGCCGCUAAGAAUGGCUAACUGUAACGUAAUGGUUUUUCACACUCAAAUAGCCUCCGUUAUGGAGGUGCUAGCGAAUGCAGCCGUGGCAGAGAUCUGUAAACUCGUAGACGACGACUAUGCAGUGUUUCGUUUGGAAAUAACUCAAAGCCAGAAAGAAAACAGGGUAUUGCGGAGGAAACUACAGCUACUGGAACUGAAGGUGGCACGGGAGCGCGCAGAGAGGACAAUACGAGAGCGCGUCCUCGCCAGUCGUCCCAGUAAUGUCAAGAUCCUCGACCGAUACAGAGGAAUGGCAAGAGGUGAAGGACAUCUCACUGGAGGCCACAGGAGCUUUGUGAAGCCAGCGAGAGACAAUACAUGGAGAGAUGACCAACCAGUCACUGUUGAUGAGGGGAGUGGAACCUCAACCCAGCACGUUAUGGUGAUAGAGUCUACAGAUGCAGAGGCUGCAGGUCUUGGGGUGAAGCAGGAGAGGUCUGAAGGAGAGGACCAACGGCACAGCAGAGACAUCCAGACUGGAGCAGUUGGAGCGCACCCUGUAGCGACAGAAGACCCCACCACCACCCCAGCACUGCCCAGGACCAGACACAGCAUCACGGAGGAGGAGGGUCCAGAGUUGCAGCUGGUGAAGGAGGAGGGUGUGGGUAACCCUGAGGGGACCAUGGUCAUGGAGGACAGCCAGUCUACACCUCCCCCUGAACCCACAGAGGAACCAGCUGAGCAGCACAGGACCACACACAAUCUCACUGAGUCAGUAGACAUGGAGGAUGGGAAGCCUGAUCUGCUGCUGGUCAAAGAGGAGACCAUAGAAGAUGGACCAGAGAGCAUUGAUCUGCUGAGUGGACUAAAGAUGGGAGAGCAAGGUGGUUGGCUGGAGGCUAACAGAGGAGACUGGGCGACCAUCUUGGAUUACCAGACCCAGAUCGGUGCAGCCAAGGGCCUAAAGGACAACAUCACUGAGCAGGCCAGGACCAGAGGGGACAUAGUGGAGUCAGUAGACAUGGAGGAUGGGAAGCCUGAUCUGUUGUUGGUCAAAGAGGAGACAGUAGAAGACAGACCAGGGAGCAUUAAUCUGCUGAGUGGAAUAAAGAUGGGGGAGAAAAGUGGAUGGCUGAAGGCUAACACAGGAGACUGGGGAGCCAUCUCGGAUUCCCAGACCGGUGCAGGCAAGGACCCAGGGGACAACAUCACUGAGCAAGCCAGGACCAGAGGUGACAUAGUGGAGGUCAGUGGAUGGGACAGCGUCCUCAACUCUGGGCCGGUGAACAACAUUGUUGACCACUACCAGAAACAGACAGUCGAACACAAAACAACAUCCGAACUCAUUCUCCAUGACAACAGACUGGCUGAGACGAGGGCGAGACUUAGAUUUGGUCUGCGGGGAUGGGGAGAUGUCCGUAUGCAGCUGGAGAGAACAGAUACAGACUCUGCUAGCGAUGCUCCAUCCUGCUCCUAUAGUUGUGAUUCAAAAAGACUGAUUGCGCCUCAGGUUAACCCCUUAACAGGUGCUGCCUUCAGCCUGCCUUCUAUAGGAUCUAUCAAUUGGAACAUGGACCCUGCCACAACACAGACACUCCCUGGCUUUCAUCCUCCACACACUCUCCCUAUGUUAAACCAGACCUCAGACAAUGCCAGUGCCUCAACACUAAAUGGCUACACAAGCCUAUUGACAAAUGACAGUAGUAGUAACAUCAGCAGAUCUGAGAAGCGCUUCCCAUGUUCAUUCUGUGGGAAAGCCUUCAGCUUCCCCAAACAGGUGGAAAUCCACCAGAGGAUGCACACAGGGGAGAAACCUUUCGGCUGCCACCUGUGUCGGGCGAGUUUCUCCCACUCCUCCAAGCUGAAGAGGCACCAGAGGGUCCACACAGGGGAGAAACCAUACAGCUGCCCUCAGUGUGAGAAGAGGUUCUCCCACCAGCACCACUUGAAGAGGCACCUGAAGGUCCACAUGGGAGAGAGGCAGUUUGCCUGUAUGCACUGA